AUGGAGGAAAAACACCUGGAAAGGCAGCUAAUGAUGCAGAAUGAAAUGAGAGAAAGACAGAUGGCGAUGCAGAUUGCUUGGUCACGGGAAUUCCUCAAAUAUUUUGGAACAUUUUUUGGCAUUGCAGCAAUCUCUUUAACAGCUGGAGCAAUAAAAAGGAAGAAGCCAGCCUUCAUCUUCCCUAUUGUUCCAUUAGGCUUUGUCCUUACCUACCAGUUUGACUUGGGCUAUGGAACCCUUCUACAAAGAAUGAAAGGUGAAGCCGAGAACAUACUGGAAACAGAAAAGAGUAAGCUGCAGCUGCCAAAAGGAAUGAUCACUUUUGAAAGCCUUGAAAAAGCAAGAAGGGAACAGAGCAAAUUCUUCAUAGACAAAUGAAAUUAUGUUCACCCACCAAAUCUCAAAACACACAAUUGUUGACUUCAAUCAUGGCCUUUACAAUUUUUUACAUGCUUGAGACUUUGAUAUAAUGGAUUUUAUUUUAAAAUAAUAAAAUGCAAGAUGAGUUCUGUUAAACUAUUUUAAAAUAAAAUUUAUAACAUUCAACACAAAAUCAAGGAGGAACUCUAAUCUUUCAGAUUUCCUUUAUAUGUGUGUGUAUUACAAAUAUCUAAAUGUAAACUGAAUAAACUCAAUUGUUUUCAA